UUCGAGCACGUCAGCAUGCUGGUUAUCCUCUUGAAUUGCGUCACCCUUGGGAUGUUCCAGCCAUGUCAGGAUAUCAGGUGCCAAACAGAAAGGUGCACAAUCUUGGAGGCAUUUGACCACUUCAUCUUCGCCUUCUUUGCUGUGGAGAUGGUCAUCAAGAUGAUUGCCCUGGGGAUCUUUGGCCACAAAUGUUAUCUGGGAGACACCUGGAACCGCCUCGACUUCUUCAUUGUCAUUGCUGGCAUGAUGGAAUAUUCUCUGGAUGGACAUAAUGUCAGCCUUUCAGCCAUCCGGACUGUGCGGGUUCUCAGGCCCUUACGAGCCAUUAACAGGGUGCCAAGUAUGCGCAUUCUUGUCACCUUGCUCCUAGACACUCUGCCUAUGUUAGGCAACGUCCUCCUCUUGUGUUUCUUCGUCUUUUUCAUCUUUGGCAUCGUGGGGGUGCAGCUCUGGGCCGGGCUGCUGAGGAACAGGUGUUUCCUGGAUUCCCCCUUGCAAAGGACACACAACCUGACUUUCCUGCAUAAGUACUACCGGCCGGAAGAGAGCGAGGAGAAUCCCUUCAUCUGUUCGUCCCUCCGGGAUAACGGCAUGCAGAAGUGCUCCAGCAUCCCAAACCGGAAGGAGUCCAAGAUGGACUGCACGUUAACCGUGGACGCUUACAACCCACAAUUGGACUCGCUGGACUUGAGCGGCCGCAACGGCUGCAUUAACUGGAACCAGUAUUACAAUGUUUGCAGGACAGGGGACUUGAACCCACACAAUGGAGCUAUUAAUUUUGAUAAUAUUGGCUAUGCUUGGAUAGCUAUUUUUCAGGUUAUAACCCUGGAAGGAUGGGUUGACAUCAUGUAUUAUGUUAUGGACGCACACUCUUUUUACAAUUUUAUAUAUUUUAUACUACUUAUAAUAGUUGGUUCUUUCUUCAUGAUUAACUUGUGCCUGGUUGUGAUAGCAACACAGUUUUCUGAAACCAAACAGCGGGAGAACCAGCUGAUGCAGGAGCAGCGAGCCCGCUACCUCUCCAACGACAGCACAAUUGCCAGCUUCUCUGAGCCGGGAAGCUGCUACGAAGAGCUCCUCAAAUACAUCUGCCACAUUUUCAGGAAAGUCAAACGGAGGGCCCUGCGCCUGUACAACAACUGGCAGAGCAAGCGGCAGAAAAAAGUCGACCCCAACAGUGGCACAGACGAUGUUCAGGGCCAGCGGAGCGGCAAGCGGCGCAUCAUGUCCAUCCACCACUUGAUCCACCACCACCACCACCACCACCACCACUACCACAUCAGCAACGGGAGCCCCCAGGGGCCCAGGGCCAACCCAGGGAUUUGUGACCUGGAGUUGGAUGUCAUGAAGCCUGGAAGCCAACUGAUGCUUCCUCCAUCUUCGCCCAGCCACCCAAGUGGUGGAGCUGCAGAUACGGAGUCCAUCCACAGUAUCUACCACGCCGACUGCCACGUGGAAGGGACCUCGGUGAAAUGCAAGUCUUCCAGCAUUGCUGCGGGUAGCAAAGCUGCCAAUCGCAGCAGCACGAACUACCCCACCAUCUUGCCUUCUCCGGCAAACAAAGCCAGUGUCCCCCCCUUGUCCAAAGGGAAGAAAAACGAGGGUGGUGAGGCCACCUCUCCCAUGCCUGUGGUCAGCAGCCCAGCCCACCUGAACGCAGAUUGCUAUGGGAAGCUCCAUCAUCUGGUGGGAGAACGUGGCCUCUGCCGGACCUCCAGCAUUUUGUCUGGCUUGAAUGUGCCGUGUCCCUUGCCGGGGCCCCAAGCCAACACCUUGAGCUGUGAGCUGCAAAACUGCCCAUUCUGUGCCAGCAUCCUGGAGGAUCCUGAGUUUGAGUUCAGCGAGGCAGACAGCUAUGAGUCCGGCGAGGACAACAAUGGGGUCUACGAGUUUACCCAGGAUGUAAAACAUGGGGAUUUACGGGACCAGAUCCAGCAGCAGAGGAUCAAGAAAGAGAAGAAAAGGAAACCAGCCGAGGAGAGGAACAGGAUAGCCAAGCUCUGGAAGGCCUUUGGCAACAAGCUGAAACGGAUUGUGGAGAGCAAGUAUUUCAACCGUGGGAUCAUGAUCGCCAUUCUCAUCAAUACGCUGAGCAUGGGCAUUGAGUAUCAUGAACAGCCGGAUGAGCUAACCAAUGCCCUGGAGAUCAGCAACAUUGUCUUCACGAGCAUGUUUGCUCUGGAGAUGCUCCUCAAGCUUUUGGCUUUUGGCAUCUGGGGUUACAUCAAGAACCCCUACAACAUUUUUGAUGGCAUCAUUGUUGUCAUCAGUGUCUGGGAGAUCAUUGGCCAGGCUGACGGGGGCCUCUCGGUGCUGAGGACCUUCCGCCUCCUCCGGGUUCUCAAGCUGGUACGGUUCAUGCCGGCUCUCCGCCGGCAGCUGGUGGUUCUCAUGAAGACCAUGGACAACGUGGCCACCUUCUGCAUGCUGCUCAUGCUCUUCAUCUUCAUCUUCAGCAUCCUAGGUAUGCAUCUUUUUGGGUGCAAGUUUGGCUUAAGGACCGAGACAGGAGACACCAUGCCAGACCGAAAGAACUUCGAUUCCCUGCUGUGGGCAAUUGUCACCGUGUUUCAGAUCCUGACCCAGGAAGACUGGAACGUGGUCCUCUACAAUGGAAUGGCCUCCACCUCCUCCUGGGCUGCUCUCUACUUUGUGGCUCUGAUGACCUUUGGCAAUUAUGUCCUCUUCAACCUCUUGGUCGCCAUCCUGGUAGAAGGUUUCCAAGCUGAGGGUGACGCCAACAGAUCUGACACAGAUGAAGACAAAACAUCGACAAACUUUGAGGAAGAGUUUGAGAAGCUGAAGGAACUCCAUGCUUCUGAGAUGAAGAUGUAUUCGCUGGCCGUCACGCCCAACGGCCACCUGGAGGGCAAGGCCAGCAUGCCCCCACCCAUCAUCAUGCACACCGCAGCCACCCCCAUGCCCACCCCAAAGGGCUCCCCACACAUGGACUCCGCCUACCCUUUUGGGGACUCCAGGAGGGGCAGCAACAUCUCGGUGGACCCGCUCGGCUUUGACCAGAAAUCUUUGUCCAGCCUCCGCAGCUCCCCCUGUGCCAACUGGGGCAGCCGCCGCUCGAGCUGGAACAGCCUGGGCCGGGCCCCGAGCCUGAAGAAGAAGAGCCAGUGCAGCGAGCGGGAGUCCUUGCUCUCGGGGGAGGGCAAAGGCAGCACGGACGAUGAAGCCGAGGAGGCCAAGCUCAGCACCCUCAGCCGGGCCCCCCUGCACCACCGGGCAGAGUCCCUAGACUUCCGGGGUGCCUUGGACCUGCCGGAGCUCCUCCAGGUGCCCGGGGUGCACCCUCCAGUAGCCAUGCUGCCCCUCGAGUACCAGGACUGCAAUGGCAAGUUGCUGCAGGUGCCCAGCGAGCUCUACCUGCACCUGGACGGCCGCAAAGAGGAUCCCUUCGACUACGAUGACAACAUGGAAGAUAGUUUCUGCUACAGGAUCCGCAAGAGCUUGGAGCCCUACAAGCCCAAAUGGUGCAAGAAUCACGAGGACUGGUCCCUCUAUUUGUUCUCCCCUCAGAAUCGCCUCCGGGCCAAUUGCCAGAAGGUCAUUGCGCACAAGAUGUUUGACCACGUAGUCCUGGUUUUCAUCUUCCUCAACUGCAUCACCAUCGCCUUGGAGCGCCCAGACAUCGAUCCCAACAGCACGGAACGGAUAUUCUUGAGUGUCUCCAACUACAUCUUUACGGCCAUUUUUGUUGCUGAGAUGAUGGUUAAGGUUGUGGCUCUUGGCUUCUUCUCCGGGGAGCACACCUACCUCCAGAGCAGCUGGAACGUCUUGGAUGGGAUCCUGGUCUUCGUGUCCAUCAUUGACAUCAUCGUUUCCAUGGCAUCAGCAGGCGGAGCCAAGAUUUUAGGGGUGCUGAGGGUACUUCGGCUGCUGCGCACUCUGAGACCUUUACGGGUCAUCAGCCGAGCUCCAGGUUUGAAGCUCGUGGUCGAGACGCUGAUCUCGUCUCUCCGGCCUAUCGGCAACAUUGUCCUGAUCUGUUGCGCUUUCUUUAUCAUCUUUGGCAUUUUGGGAGUGCAGCUCUUCAAGGGCAAGUUCUACCACUGUGAGGGGGCUGACAUCCGAAACAUCUCCACUAAAACGGACUGCAGGAAAGCCCACUACAAAUGGGUCCGGCGGAAGUAUAACUUCGACAAUUUGGGGCAGGCCCUGAUGUCCCUGUUCGUCCUCUCUUCCAAAGAUGGCUGGGUGAACAUCAUGUAUGAUGGAUUGGAUGCCGUGGGGAUUGACCAGCAGCCCAGCCGGAACCAUAACCUCUGGAUGCUUCUCUACUUCAUUUCCUUCCUCCUCAUCGUCAGCUUCUUUGUGCUCAACAUGUUCGUCGGCGUGGUGGUGGAGAACUUCCACAAGUGUCGGCAGCACCAGGAGGCUGAGGAGGCCCGGCGGCGCGAGGAGAAACGGCUGCGGCGUCUGGAGAAAAAGCGCAGGAAAGCUCAACGGCGGCCGUACUAUGCCGAUUAUUCACCCGCCCGGAAAUACAUCCACUCGCUCUGCACCAGCCAUUACCUGGACCUUUUCAUCACUUUUAUCAUUGGCGUCAACGUCAUCACGAUGUCCAUGGAGCACUUUGAUCAGCCCAAGUCUCUAGAAGAGGCCCUGAAAUACUGCAACUACUUGUUCACCUUCGUCUUUGUGGUCGAAGCCAUCUUGAAACUGGUGGCCUUUGGCUUCCGGAGGUUCUUCAAGGACAGGUGGAACCAGCUGGAUCUGGCCAUCGUCCUGCUCUCCAUCAUGGGGAUCACGCUGGAGGAGAUCGAAAUGAACGCCGCCCUCCCCAUCAACCCCACCAUUAUCCGCAUCAUGAGGGUGCUCAGGAUUGCUAGAGUGCUGAAGCUGCUGAAAAUGGCCACAGGGAUGCGGGCCUUGCUGGACACGGUGGUUCAGGCCCUCCCCCAGGUGGGGAACCUCGGCCUGCUAUUCAUGCUCCUUUUCUUCAUCUACGCUGCCCUGGGGGUAGAAUUAUUUGGGAAGUUAGACUGCAGCGAAGAAAAUCCUUGUGAAGGCCUCAGUCGGCAUGCUACCUUCAACAACUUUGGGAUGGCCUUCCUCACCCUCUUUAGGGUAUCCACUGGGGACAACUGGAAUGGGAUCAUGAAGGACACCCUCCGGGAAUGCCACCGGGAUGACAAGCACUGCCUCAGCUACCUGCCCGUCAUCUCCCCUGUUUACUUCGUCACCUUCGUCCUCAUCGCCCAGUUUGUCCUGGUCAACGUGGUGGUGGCCGUCCUGAUGAAGCACUUGGAGGAAAGCAACAAGGAGGCGAAGGAAGAUGCCGAGAUGGACGCUGAGAUUGAGCUGGAGAUGUCCAGAGGGGUCAGCACACCAGAAAGGACCAUGGAUGGGCAACAGACCCCUUCCAAGGGGGGUUCGCCCCUGCUGGUGACGCAUCAAGUCAUGGUAAAAAGCUAGAGAAGGAGCCCGAAGGAGCUUCCUUCCCCAGGCAUGGAAGAGAAGGGGGUUGAGUCUCUUGGGGGCCGUUUUGCUGACCACCCCGCCACGCACGUAUCUCAAAGCUGCCGAGAAUUACCGGUCCCCAAUUUCCCCACCAUCUCAGCCUCCUUUCUUGCCGACUUGCAGGGAGCUUCUGCUGCUGGUCUCAGGGACCCCCAGAACCUUCUGACCCUUCGCAAGAUCUCAGUGGCACGGAUGCAUUCACUGCCCAACGACAGCUACAUGUUCCGCCCUGUGAUGCCCGCCAAGCCUCCCUUCCCACUCCACGAAGGGGAGCUAGAAGCCUUCGCCUGCAAGUCACCCCGAGGAUCUGUCACAUCCAUCCAUUCUCAGCCGGUGGUCACUUCGUCACUGAGGAUCCCACAGUUGGCCUUCCGCCCAACAACACCCCCUCCUAGCCACAACACGGGAGCUCCGUGGAAGCUUCUACCCCCUCGCCCUGCCCCUCGCACCCCCAGCUUCAGCAGGCUGCUGUGCAGACAGGAGGCCGUCCGGAAGGACUCCCUGGAGAGCUCAGUGGUGGGGACAAAGCAGUGCGCCCAGGCAGAGACCCGUGAAAACCCACCCCUGAAAAAGUUGUCUCACAGUAUUUUGGGGGAUCCUCAGCCUCCCCCAGCCCCCACAUCCCUCCCAGGCAAUCCUCCCCUCCCCCACCCCUCCCCUCCCCGCCCUUCAAACAUCCCUGCCCCCAGGGAAACCUUCAGCCAGCACAGCAUCUCAAACAGGAUGUCCACCCACAGCAGCAUCCUGGACAGCUCCCUCUUCGAGUCCUCCGACUUGGCGGACGAAGAGGUCAGCCACAUCAACAGCUCCGCCGGGGAUUGGGGGGCGCAGCUGGAGAGCCAGGAUGGCCCGGAGUCCCCUUUCGCCUCCCCGGCGCCCUCCCCCGUCCCCUUCAGGAACUGCAGCACAACCAGCUUGACCAUGGGGAAGGGCAAGGACAAGGACCUGAAGAAGUUCUACAGCGUGGACACCCGGGGGUUCUUGGCCAAGCCGACGUGGGCGGACGACCAGCGACGGCACUCCAUUGAGAUCUGCCCUUCGGUCGGCCACGGGGAUCGCGGCUUCGCAGAUGCCUCUGAAAGGAGGAGGCUGCCUCUCCAGAUGCAGUCGGAGUCCGAGUACCUGCAUGGCAUCCGGAGGAAGAAGAAAAUGAGCCCCCCCUGCAUCUCUAUCGACCCUCCCGUGGAGGAAGAAAGCAGCCCCGCCACGACGCGCAACAAAGCCUCUGAGAACAGCCUGCUGAGACGGAGGACGCCCUCCUGCGAGUCCACGGCCUACAGGGACCCCUCGGAGCUGGCCGAGGGUCAGCCUGGAGAACUGGCCUGCAAGGCAGACCGCUGGGCACCCCUGGCCUGCCGAGGGGAGCAUUUAACCAUCCCGAGCUUCUCCUACGAGCCAACGGACCCUGGUUCCACGGGUGAACCCUGCGAACGCCUCUCAGAGAGCAACCAAGCUGCGGGCCCCUCUGUGGAUCCCCCACCGGAGGGUCCGGAGCUGCAGCAAACAGACCCUUUGGAGACUCUUGGCGACCCCCCUGAGCCAAACCAAGAAGACCUUGGAGGGGGCAGGAAUUGUGCCCUCCCGCAACACGGACAGGUUCCAGGGACCCCAAGCGACACAGAAGAGGUUGUGGACGAGCCGGUAUAGCUUCCAAGGGGGGGUGGUCUUUGGUGAACUUUAAGGGCUUUGCCACCACACGUGGCUUCGAAGCGGCAAACAGGUUGGAAAGCCACCCUCUCCAUGGCUGAUGCUUACCCCCCCCCGCCCAGACCCUUGGUUUCUCCUCGCUGUGAAGGUCCGGUUAGUGUAGAAAUGGAACCAAAGUCCCAGAGAAGCUCCAGGCGUCCCAAGCGGUUCAGGGGUAACCGGAAGGAACCCGAUUUCCUUCCCACCCAGCACAA